AUGGCACAUUAAGAACACCGUUAUUUUUAAAGGAGCUUAAUUAUGGCUGGGUAUGGUGGUGCCCAUCUAUAACCUCAGCUCUGGGGAAGUUGAGGCCGAUGAUCAGGAAUUCAGGUCAUCUUUGGCUGUAAGUGUAUGUAAGGCCAGCUUUGGUUUCUGGAGACCCUGUGUCAAAAAUGAAACAAACCCAAAAAUCAUUUUUAAGUUUGUUAAUACAUGGUAUAUUUAAGUUUCAUGUCAAAGUAAUCUGUAGGCCAACUGAUUGUGCUAGUUCCAAAUUAUUUGGGGUGAGGUGCGGGUCUUUAGUGGCUCCUAAGAUUUUGCUUAGGUGAGAUCUAGAAUGAGCUGGACGUUACUCUGGCUGCUUGUAUGGGUCAAAUGCAAAGACAGAGGAUAAAAGCAGCCAAAUUUUGUAGCUAUUCAGGGAUAUUGUUUUUCAUGCCUCAGCACCAUGCCAGUCCUGAUCAGAUUCCCACAUUCUUGCAAGGUGACUUUCAUUAAAUGGGGGAUAAAGCAAGUCUAGCUACUACAAGGCAUUGAGGAAAUGCAGGGUCAGCAAUCGUUCUUGCCCUACCCUCUGCAGAUUACAGGUGUGUAUACUUUUCUACAGGAAAAAAAAAGUCAGAAAAACAGAAAAGGGAAAAAAUGCCACUCUAAUCAUGGAUAUGGGUUUCCUCAGCAGAGGGAGAAAAAGACUGAGAAAUGGAAUUUUGUUGGUGGGUUUGGCCAGGAAAUGCACUGUUUUUGGUACCAUGAGGCAGUUUCCAGAAAUGGCAAAGUAAGUUUGCUCAGGUGUUAUGGAAAACCAGAAGAAGCUGAUUCUCUGUGGCUGAUGCAGUCAUUAUAGGGACUCCAGGGGGUGAGAAAUACCACGCCAUGUGUCUGGCUUCAGGAAAAGCCUGGGAAAAGCACCCGUGUCAAGGGCAAGCGUUCUGUUAAAAUGCUUAUGCUUUCAAAAACACAUAGAUGCUUCAUCUUGGUGGAACUUACUCCAGGGACCUGAUGGGAAGCGGCGGAGUUUGGGGAGAAUAGCCGUAAAAUAAAGCCUCUAAAAUAUCCUGAUGUGCACAGAGUCUCCUCCCUCUUUUCUCUGAACUUCCUGUCAGUACUUGGGGCCGAAUCCUGGGACCUUGUGUGUAUUAGCAAGUGUUCUGCGUUGUCCAGCACCAUCACUUUUCCUUUCUUUUGGGACUCAAACAGUAGUUGUUUCUGGGUUUUACUUGAUGAUGCUUUUCUCUGGGGGUCAGUACAGCCCUGUUGGCAGGCCUGAAGAGGUUUUACUGAUAUACAAGAUAUUCCUUGUCAUCAUUUGUUUUCAUGCCAUUCUUGUUACAUCCCUGAAAGAAAAUGCUGGUAAUUCCAGUUUGUUGUCACCAUCUGAUGCUGCUUCCGAAGUAUUGUCGACUUUAAACAGAACAGAAAAAUCUAAAAUCACUAUAUUAAAAACCUUCAAUGCAUCAGGAGUCAAAUCCCAGAGAAAUAUCUGCAAUUUGUCAUCUAUUUGCAGUGACUCAGUGUUUUUUAGAGGUGAGAUAGUGUUUCAACAUGAUGACCACUACAACGUUACUCAGAAUCAAGAUAUAGUUAACAGCACCUUCGCUGGAGUCCUGUCUCUAAGCGAACUGAAGCGAACAGAACUCAACAAAACUCUACAGACCUUAAGUGAGACUUACUUUAUAGUGUGUGCUACCGCAGAGGCCCAAAACACAUUAAACUGUACAUUCACAGUAAAACUGAAUGAGACCAUGAAUGUGUGUGCCAUGAUGGUUACUUUCAAAAGUGUACAGAUUCGGCCAAUGGAACAGUGCUGCUGUUCCCCCAGGACUCCCUGCCCUUCCUCGCCGGAAGAGUUAGAAAAACUACAGUGUGAUCUGCAGGAUCCCAUUGUCUGCCUUGCCGAUCAACCACAUGGCCCACCAGUAUCUUCUUCCAGCAAGCCUGUGCCAGUUGUACCUCAGGCCACCAUUUUUUCCCACGUUGCUAGUGACUUCUCUUUGGCUGAACCCCUUGAUCAUGCCCUUAUGACCUCAAGCACACCCUCUCUGGCACAAGAGACACGCCUUCCAUCUCCUCAGCCUACAAUCUCCCUGACUUCCAGUCCUGCCAUUGACUUGCCUGUUCAACAUGUAGUGGCUUCUUCCUCCUUGCCCCAAACUGAUCUUUCCCACACCCUAUCACCUGUGCAGUCCUCCAUUCCCUCUCCUACCACAGCAGCUCCAUCUGUCCCUGAAAAAGUGGUCGCCAUCAGCACACCUCCUGGCGAGACAGUUGUCAACACGAGUAGUGUUCCUGAUCUGGAAGCCCAAGUAUCUCAAAUGGAGAAAGCUUUGUCUUUGGGCAGCUUGGAACCUAAUCUUGCGGGUGAAAUGGUGAACCGAGUCAGCAAACUCCUUCACUCUCCACUUGCCUUGCUAGCCCCUCUAGCUCAAAGGUUGCUAAAAGUGGUAGAUGCCAUUGGCUUACAGCUGAAUUUUUCAUCUACAACUAUCAGUCUAACUUCUCCUUCUUUGGCUCUUGCUGUGAUCAGAGUGAAUGCCAGUAAUUUCAAUACAACAACCUUUGCAGCCCAAGACCCAGCAAAUCUCCAGGUGUCUCUGGAAGCCCAGGCUCCUAAGAAUAGUAUUGGCGCCAUUACUCUACCCUCAUCGCUGAUGAGUAAUUUGCCAGCUAGUGAGGUAGAAUUGGCUUCGAGGGUUCAGUUCAAUUUCUUUGAAACACCUGCCCUAUUUCAGGACCCCUCCCUGGAGAACCUCUCUCUGAUAAGCUAUGUCAUAUCAUCAAGUGUCACAAACAUGACCAUCAAGAACUUGACAAGAAACGUGACAGUUGCACUGAAGCACAUCAACCCAAGUCAGGAUGACUUAACUGUCAAAUGUGUUUUCUGGGACUUGAACAGAAAUGGUGGCAGAGGAGGUUGGUCAUCUGAUGGCUGUUCCGUCAAAGAGAAGAGGAUGAACGAAACUAUCUGUACCUGUAGCCACCUUACAAGUUUUGGCAUCCUAUUGGAUCUAUCUCGGACAUCCUUACCACCAAGUCAAAUGAUGGCUCUGACAUUUAUCACGUAUAUUGGCUGUGGGCUUUCAUCAAUUUUUCUGUCAGUUACUCUUGUAACCUAUAUAGCCUUUGAAAAGAUCCGGAGGGAUUACCCUUCCAAAAUCCUCAUUCAACUGUGUGCUGCCCUGCUUCUGCUCAACCUGGUCUUCCUCUUAGACUCCUGGAUUGCACUGUAUAAUGCCCGAGGUUUCUGCAUCUCCGUGGCUGUAUUUCUUCACUAUUUUCUCUUGGUAUCAUUCACAUGGAUGGGCUUAGAAGCAUUUCAUAUGUACCUAGCACUGGUUAAGGUUUUUAAUACUUACAUCCGAAAGUACAUCCUUAAAUUCUGCAUUGUUGGCUGGGGGAUACCAGCUGUGGUUGUAUCCAUCGUCCUGACUAUAUCCCCAGAUAAUUAUGGGAUUGGAUCUUAUGGGAAAUUCCCCAAUGGCACACCAGAUGACUUUUGCUGGAUCAACAGCAGUGUGGUGUUCUAUAUCACGGUUGUGGGAUAUUUCUGUGUGAUAUUUCUACUGAACGUCAGCAUGUUCAUUGUGGUCUUGGUUCAGCUCUGUCGAAUUAAAAAGAAGAAGCAACUGGGAGCGCAGCGCAAAACUAGUAUUCAAGACCUCCGGAGUAUUGCUGGCCUCACAUUUUUACUGGGAAUUACUUGGGGCUUUGCCUUCUUUGCCUGGGGACCAGUUAAUCUCACCUUCAUGUAUCUCUUUGCCAUCUUUAACACCUUACAAGGCUUUUUCAUAUUCAUCUUUUACUGUGCAGCAAAAGAGAAUGUCAGAAAACAGUGGAGGCGGUAUCUUUGUUGUGGAAAAUUACGACUGGCUGAAAACUCUGACUGGAGUAAAACUGCUACUAAUGGUUUAAAGAAGCAGACUGUAAAUCAAGGAGUAUCCAGCUCUUCAAAUUCCUUACAGUCAAGCUGUAACUCCACUAACUCCACUACACUCCUAGUGAAUAGUGAUUGCUCAGUGCACGCAAGCGGGAAUGGCAAUGCAUCUACCGAGAGGAAUGGGGUUUCUUUCAGUGUUCAGAAUGGAGACGUGUGCCUUCAUGAUCUCACUGGGAAACAGCACAUGUUUAGUGACAAAGAGGACUCCUGCAAUGGCAAAAGCCGGAUGGCACUCAGAAGGACUUCAAAGCGGGGAAGCUUACACUUUAUCGAGCAAAUGUGAUUCGCUUCUUCUAAAAUCAAAGCAUGAUGUUGAUGGUGUGAAGUGUCCAGUUUUCCUUUUAUACAAUGUGAGAUAUAUGAAAAUCGCUGGUUUUCUACUCAGCAACCUCGAAAGGAACAUAAGCUAAUUGAGGGCAACAGUUUACUGUCGGAAGAAGGAAACUAUGACAUGAUUAUGGUUCCUAGACAUUCUCAAUUUCGUUUAUUAUCUCCCAUUUGUGAGGGGAUUGGGGUUAGAAUCACAGAAUAAGAUCCAAGAAAAGAAAAAUGAAAGUUUGUUUCCAGUCACAUUUUAAAGAGGCUGUUAUCCUUGAUAACAUCCUUUAAAAAAUGUUUACUUCAGUCUGUUGGUGAGUUGAGUUGUGCAUGCCUUUGUUGUAUAUAAGCUAAGUUCUAAUGACCCACAUGUCAAAAAUCGUAUCUCUAUCUUUUUUUAUAUUUAUUUUCUACUGUGUAAAUUUAUUCUUUUGUAGAAUCAUGGUUGUGUCGUUUUCUUUAAUGUGAUAACUUACCAGUGACUUCUAAACCUCCUUUCGGAGAUCAUAUAGGAUGUGAAAUUCAGAAACUUCACUGAAAUCAAGAAAUAAUGAUAAAGGCAGACUGAACAAUUAUAAAUAGACAGUGCCACAAUCAGCUUAGCUAUCAGCCUCUGAGCUAUCAAGGAAAGGUGUCCCCAUUGGACGGACAUAGCCUUAUGAGCUUAUGGUUUGGGAAAAAGUGGGGUCACAUUUUCGCCCUGAUGAUCCUCUUGAGUACCUUAUUCAGGGUCCUUAUGUAGGGUCUUUAUGCAGGGAAUGACUUAUAUGACUAUAUUGGACACUAAAUAGGGAUACCUAUGACCAGACUUCAUCCCUAAUGAUCAUAUUAUAGAAUCUCUACACCAUGGUUGUUAGAGGAUAAAAUUGUAAUCUAAACCAUGUAGGGAAGACUGUGAAUGUGGGAAAGAUAUACACUGCCACUUCUCAAAUACCCAGAGCCUUUGAAAAGAGGAAAUCAGAGUAGGAUUACUUUUCCAGAGUGUAUAUAUGGCAAACGAGUUAGGUCUUUAAAAGACAACUGCAUGGUACGUCAUUGUUGCAACUGCUACAUUCUGGUCCUACUUGUUUGUAUUCUUAAAACAUGUCAAAUAUUGAAGAGUGUAUAGUGACAAGGGGGAGCAGCUACUGGGAAGAGUGAACUGUCGUGUGAUAUUGUUGUUUGUAGGUAAUAAUAUAUAUCCAACUCUGAUUGUUCCGAGUCCUAGAGCAUCUAUCCUGUUUCUCACCGCUUGAGUGGUGUCUCAAGCCCAGGAUGUUUAUUAGGAACAUUUCAAAAUCCUUUCCUUAGGUCUUUCACUAAGCUCCCUUGCAUAUAUUUCAAGUAGAUGUUGUAUCCCAGACUAACCACAGUAGUAACGUCUGUUUCUCUGUGUGCUCGUUGGUCUUUGCAAAAUUUCUUCUCCAAAUUAUUUAAUUAUUUUGUAUUUAUAUGUUACAAUUGACAAAAAUGAUAAAAUCAAUAAAAUAAAUUUGCACUUGA